AUGGCUUCGGACCGAUUCAUUUUAGAAUCAAUAAAAGCAUAUAGGUUGCCUUUUUCCAACAAACCGCACCAAAACAAAAAACCGUCCGAACCUCUCCUGGCAGUGGAAGAGAAACGCAAAACUCAAAGAGCAAUUGAGUUGCUAAUAGAGAAAAAUGCAGUUUCUUUAUGCGAUUCCACUGAGGAGGAAUUUUUAUCUCCUUACUUUUUAAGGCAAAAAACUGAUGGAAGUUUCGAUUUAGACAGCAGAAAAUUCUGUAUCAGAUUACCUCAAAAGAACAAAGAAUCUACCAGAGAGUUAGUACGAAGUUUUCAGGCUAAAAGCAAAUCGAAAAUAAGGGAGCUAGCACAACUUAUAGGCACUCUCGUCGCAGCAUGUCCAGCAAUAAAAUAUGGAUGGCUGUAUACUAAAAGGCUGAAAAGGGAAAAAUAUUUGGCACUUAAAAGCUCCAAUGGAAAUUUUAACUCGUCAGUGAUACUCUCAGACAAGGCAAAAGAGGACCUCAGGUGGUGGCUCGAUAAUAUAAAACAUUCUAGUAAUCCCAUCAGAGAGGAAAUCUACACGAAAGAAAUAUUUACUGAUGCAUCACUUACUGGAUGGGGUGCUUUCUGUGAAGGUCAUAAAGUCCACGGAUGGAUGGACAAUACGACAGGAAUCUCAUACGUGAACAGAAUGGGGGAUAUUCAGCACCCAAAACUCACACAGCUCAGUAGAGUCAUAUGGCAGUGGUGCGAGAGGCGACAGAUUUGGGUUCACGCUUCGUAUCUAAGGUCGGAAGAAAAUGUAGAAGCCGAUGAGCAAUCAAGAGUCGUACCGAGUGAAAGAGAAUGGGAGCUCGCAGACUGGGUAUUCCAAGAAAUCAAGAAAAAAUUUGGUCCUAUGGCAAUAGACCUUUUUGCAUCAAGGAAUAAUGCUAAGUGUCAAAAAUUCGUAUCGUGGCAUAGGGACCCAUACUCUGUUGGAGUAGAUUCUUUCACAAUGAAUUGGAUUGUAGUUGCGCCACUCUGGCCAACCCAACCCUGGUAUCCAACCUUUAUCUCUUUGAUGGUAACCGAGCCCGUAAUAUUUAGACCUGAUAUAAGUCUUUUGACAUGUCCUUACAGAGAUACACACCCGCUGUGGGCGACACUUUCCCUGGUAGCGGGGCGAUUAUCAGGCAGGCGUUCAGAGCAAGAAGAGCAGCAGACGAAGCUGCAACGAUGA